AUGAACCUCUCGACCGGUAAUCCAGCGACUCACGACAUUUCGUCCCUUAACGACGGCAUGGAGGGCUCUUGCUUAUGCGGAAAAAUCACAAUAAAAAUCACCCAAGAAGGCCUCUUCGACAAACCCAACGGAGGUAUCUGCCACUGCUACAACUGCAGACAAUUCAGCGGUGCAGCAAGCGCCAACCUCCUCCUCGUACCCACAGAGAACGUCCACAUAUCUGAUCCAUUCUCCUCCUUGAAGACGUACAACGACACGAAUACGGCUUCUGGAAGGAUGGUUCCAAGGUCUUUCUGUUCGAAUUGUGGAAGCUCACUUGGGAUUUUGCCUUUGUGUGGACAUCCGCAGACGUCGAUUGUGAUGCUAGGCUUGUUUCCGAGGAUUCCGGAGCCGGAGUUUGAGUGUUUUACGAAGCAUCGACAGGGGUGGAUGAAGCCGAUGGUGGCAGCAUGUGGGGAGAGUGAGUUCGGCGAGAGCGUUCUGAAGUUCAACGGACACUUGCUGCGAUGA